AUGGGUAUUGGUGAGGGAAGGGGAAGGAGGGACUCGUUCGUCCGCCGGCGGUCAUUUUCCUCCGAAAUGGCCCGGAGGACCGUCGAGAAUUUCAACGGAUUCGUUGCGGUAAGCUCCCUUCUCCACUUUACCCACCACCCCCCCCCCCGCAACCCUUGGAUAAUUUUUCGUUUUCGAACCCGACUGAACGACUGCUUAUCGUAUUCUAUAUAGGUACGACGGCGAAUAUUCGGGUACCUAUAAUAGACGCGGGCGUCUCGUUUUUGAGAUUUUGAAAGAAACAAAAAAAAAACCGCACACUAUAAAUACAAUUCGUUAUAUUUCACCGACGCCAUUGUCCGCUCUCUAUAUGCAUUCGUGAUUUCGCGUAAGCGCGAAAUGUCAAACUGCGCGGUUCGCCGCCGAAUCGCGUCGACAAUGCCGUUCCGUGCCUAUUUAUUUUUUAUUUUUGUACACAAUAUAGUCGUUUUAGCCGUGGUUUUUCAAACCAAAAAAAAAAAAGUGUCUAAUUUGUAAAUUACGGUUUCAGGCCCGUGCGCCGGCGGCCACGGCGUCGUCCAAAAAGUCCGCGACCGGCCGUCCGAAGUUGGCGUCCGCCGCAGCGGCGGCCGUGGUGACGGCGAGCGGCAAGAAAAACGUAUCGUCCGCGACGACGACGACGACGAGCGGCAAGAAAAACGUACCGGCGCCGCCGGCUGUGACGGCGGCGGCGGCGACGACGACGACGACGAAGAAAAUUACGACCGAAAAAAGUCAGUAUAUUAUUUUCCCGGUCGGUUGGUACCGCUGUUUCGGUCGACGACGUUCGAUUACGUUGUUAUUAUGUCAUCGUGUCGUGAUAUUAUUAUAACGGUCGUCAUGACAAAACAGACCAGCGAUGUUAUGUGUACGGGCACAUUAAAAAAUAGGUGUACCGGCGACUCACGCGCAUAACGCUUAAAUAUUCUCGCCGUUUUACGCUAUACCGAAAGUAAUGAUAUUAAAUUAUGGAAUCGAAAACGGCGCAAAAGCAAACGUACAUAGAAAUGAUAAGCGGCCAAAAAAAAACAAACACCGAUCGUUAUUGGAUUGCGCGAUAAAAUCGCCGGCACACCUGUUUGUCGCGGUAGUCCAAAGGUUCAAGUUUUUUUUUUUUUUUGUACAUUAUGGUUAUCGGUCAGUUGUCCGCCCACACCGAAUCGAUCGAAUGAAAACAAUUUUCAAGGGUUUAACUUCGGACACGUUGAUGGCGAAACGCGCGUUUAGAACCGUCGUCGUCAGUCAGAUAGGUCAUCGUCAUAGUUUCGCGACCAUAACACUGCAUUGACAAAAUAAAAUAACUCUCCGUUUUGUAUUCCGAUAAAAAAAUGAAUCGAACAAAUAUUAUUUUACCUAUCAAAAAGUAAACAAGUUCGACGUUUUCAAUAAUGGGAAUAAUAAACGAAAAAAGUAACGAAUUACAAAAUAUUUAUUACGAAAUAUUGCAACAUUCUAUACACCUGCCUGAACUCUAUUUUUUUUUCCACGAUAUUUUGUCGAUCAAACUGAAAAAUUAUUAUUAUCACACAAGCUAAAAUACCACGAUCGUCUUCAUAAUGAAAUGUAUUUUCUUAAAAAUGUUUAUUAACUAGAACGUCAUUACGUGUUAGGUAAUUGUAAUUUUUUUUCUCGUGUUACCAAGAAAACUCAGGAAGUCAGAAAUCAGUAAAUUAGCCACCGAAAAAAGAAACCUAUGGAAUUAAUUGUUAACAAUUUCCAAAAAUGUAAAAACUCACCAAAAGUUUUUUUUUUUUUUUUUCAAGAAGUUGGGGAAGAUAGGAUACACAAGGUUUUUUCAUUUAUACAGGCCAAGAUAAGGGGGUGGCAGAAGGGGUCAUGGCCCCAGGUUCCUGGAUAUCGUAAUAUUGUGGGCCAUUAGUCUUGGCUGGUAGUACUGUAUGAACACCAAUAUUUUGAGUAUGUUUAUCGACUUCUAAAAUUGUUUGGCCCCAGGCUCAAAAUCAUCUUGUAUCCGGGCUUGCAUUUAUAUCUGUAAGCACCGACAAACCAUUACUUGACGAAAGACGAUUCUGAUCGCAGUUCGAUAAUACAUAAUUUGAAGUGCCGUAAUUUUUUCGGCGAUUUUCGUUUAAAUUUGAUUUAAAAACGCUUAUUAAAAAAAAAAAGUCGUCCGAUGAUUUUAGAAAUUUUACCACGUCUAGGUAAGUCCAAUAUAAGUAUUAUUACCUAGUUUCAAGUCUCUACGAGUAUUUAUAACCGAAUAACUACAAAAAAAUUCACAAAAUUUCAAACUUCUUAAAAGCUCAAAAUUGGCUAAAAAGUUUUGGCGAUGAUAUUGUAUGAAAUUAAAUCAAAAAGGCAACAAAAAAGGUAUCCUUUGAUUUUUCGAUUAAAUCAUUUUUUCAGGUAGAAAACGUCGUCCGUGUUUUUAUAAAAUAAUGAAAUCGUGAAAUUCUAUGUUUUCCUACAUUUAUUCUCACUUGAGCGAUUUUAUUUAAAAAAUGGCAUCGAAAAAUUCAAAAACGACCACUUUAAAGUACAAUUUAGACAUCUUGAACUUUCAGAAAAGUUGCUACACGUAAAAAUCGGAGCUAGUUUACUAGAAAAAAACGCGUCCAAAGACUAGAAAAAAAUUAACAUCUUGCUAAAACAAAUAGCCCCUCGCUACUCAAGGACAUCAAAUACAAGGUCAUUGAUCAUUGCGUAGAAUAAAUUGUAAAUUUAAAUCACUUAUACCCCUUCGAUUUUCCAAGUGAUUAUAUCUAUACAUUAUUGUUAUCGCGGAUUUCAAUAAAUUUACUUUUUCCACAAAAAACACUUAUAAUAUAUAACUAAUAUUAUACGUAAUAACUAUAACGUUUAUAAAAGUUUUUCUACUUUUAAAAAAAAAAAAAAUAUGGUAACAAAAUUUAUAAAUCUUGUAUUGUCAGGUUAAAAUGUAAUCAUAAAUACAAUUAUCUACAUGAUUGAAUAUAAAGGUUUAAAGAAAAAAAACCUCUAAACGAUGAAUUACAAUAAGUGCAUACCCAGCGGUUACUCGAGGAAACGAAUUUAAUGUAGGUACAAAAGAAAUAUUUAAAUGCUUGACUACAAUAUUACAACUGCACCACUGAACCACCUGUAUAUUAUUAUAUAGUGCAAUAUUAUUCAAGAAAAUAAUUUGCAUACAUUAAAAUAGACGAGAUAUUUUGAAGAUCAAUUAUACGAAUUACUGAUAUUCACUAAAUCGUUAAACGUAAUUUUCAAACUGAAUGUAUUUAAAUUUUUUUUUUUUUUUUUACCAAAUAGGCAAAAUUAUUAAACGAGCUCUUGGGUCCAAGGCGAUUAUAUGGCAGAUAUUUUGCUGAUCUCCAAUAAAGUCAUACAUUCACAUUGUGUAUCAUACCUAUUGAAACGGUUUUAACCCUUUUCACAUCACUCAUUCCUCCGCUGUACACCCUGCAGCGGUAGGUAAUUUAUCUUUCGAUCUGUAUUUGGUACAUAUCUCAUCUAUGUUUCCGCCAAGUUUAUUUCUCUUUUUUUAAUUUGAUUUUUAUCUAAAAAUCUUCCAUUCUUUCUCACAGCAUGGUGGUGCUCUUAUUUGUUGGUUUCGCAAAAAAAAAAAAAGGAAAAUAAAAAUACCAUUAUACUUUUCCGGCCGUAACAUCGAAGCGAAUUUUUAUUAGACCACUUCUUAUACUCUACACUUUUACAGUUGUUUCUUAUAAUUGCAAACACGACCAUAUUUCUUUUUUCGGGUUUUCCUUGUAAACAUAGGAAAGCACUUUUCAUUGACUUCGGUUGUUGGUCUUAUCCACUCGUGUUUAGACUUACAGACCAUAUAUUAUAUCGUAAAUAAUUGGAAUGGACAAUCGUACGAGUAUCUACGAUUUCCUAUGUGGAGAAAUGUGUAGAUAAAAUUAUAUAUUAAUUAAUUAUAUACAUUUAUUAAAUACAUAUUGAGGUAUACAUAUAGCCUAUGGGUUAAAUUAUUCGUAAAAUUUAAUGAAAAUUUAAUUUAUUUCCAAUUAUAUACAAUAGUCUGUUAAGAUCCCGUCAAGUUGUAUUUGCCGUCAUUCGUUUCAAAAUCAAAAUGCUUAGAUCUAUUUUUAUUUCUAUAUGCAUUUAAAAUCAGUAUUAUACCAUCGAUAAAUAUUUAAAAAACCGUAACGAGAAAUAAAUAAAUAACAUAAUUUAUAGCAUUAAUUUUACGUGAAUAUUUAGGAAACAGUCAAAUUAAUAGACGGCCCUCGUUCACCAAAGUUGAAAAAUUGCAGAGAAAAGAUUCCGUUGAAAAAAAUCCUGGAAAAAAACUUCCAGUUAACGAUAAACUCAAAUAUGACGAAAUAAAAUCCAAACAAAACGAAGUCAUUGUUGACCGCGUCGUUGAAUUAACUGAUACUGCAGACACGAUAACGGAAGACUUGUCAUCAGACGUUGAUCUAGAAUAUGAAGAUGAUUUCGAAGUAAAAUAUAUAUUAAAACGAAAUUAUAUUUUUAAAAAUAUUAUGUAAUAAUUUCAGGAUUAUGAUUCUGACUUUGAUUCUGAUACGUCGAUAAUAUCGUUACCGACAGCUUUACAGCAAAUACCAGUUAAUCCAUCCUCGGUGGUUUCAGGAGUUAAGUUUGCAUUGCCUGUGUGUGUGGAAGAAAAACUAGAGCCAUUCUUGGAAGAAAAAUUUGAAGUAAACUCAUUGGAACGGACAGUGGAAAUGGGCUUGAAAAACUUUAAAACCGCCGAAAAAAGGAAACGAGAACAAGAAGUGAGUUAGAACCACUUAGAAGUGAUGUGUGCUACUAUGAGAUGCAAUCAAUCUUAUUCUCCUUUUUCCUCGACUCUCUUCAUAUCAAUUUAUGACCGACUACAUGGUCUUAACCUUCCACUUGAUUAGAUCUCCCACAUCGUCUAAAUACAUACCAGAUCGUAGUACACAAUCAUCAUAUCACUAUCAAUCAUGUCUAAGCGUCUCCUUUUUGGUCUCUCUAUUUCCCUCUUUCCAUUCACAUAUUUUAUUCUUAAAACUACACUUACAGCCUGUGAUAAAAUUUUUUUUCAUAUGUCCAAACCAUUUCAAAAUAUUUUCUCUCGAUGUAUCAAUUAUUGAAACAAUGAUAUCUCUAUAAUAUCUCUUAUAAGAAAAUUCAAUUACUCAUGCUAUCCUGUCUAGUAGGACUCCACUGAUCCGUCUGAAUAUUGUUACUUUUGCUACACUAAUCCCCUGCUCUACCAAUCUGUUUACUGCUCAGAAUUCUAUACUAUACAACAUCAUCGAUUUCAUCACAGUUUUAUAAAAUUUACAUUUAAUUUGUUGACAUGAAAUCUUUUUAUCGCACCGUACCCCUAAUACAUCUCUCUACAUCAUCAUACCACACUCAAUCCUAUAUUACACGUCCACCAUACAUUUUUAAGUAAAUUAUCAAACCUCUAUUUCCAUCUAGUUCGUCUUCACUAAACGCAAUACUUUAUUUACACAUUGUAACUUUUCUCAAAAUUAGAUGUAAAUAAUUUUUAUAAUUAAAUAAACCAACCGCAGAUAAAAGACAAAAUUAAAACUAGAGGAAAAAUGUUGAUGGAAAUGAUCAAGCUGGACACUGUUAGCUAUUCAUUGUUGGAUUUGCCGGCUAUACCUUACGAACAAUACAUAAAGAUGUAUGGACGUUCAAAUAUGACACAGGUAAAAAAAAAACAGAAACGUUUUUUCUAUGUAUAGUGAACAAAACCGAUCUUUCAAAAUGGCAUACAGCAACAAUAAUUACUUUUAAAGAACUAUCAUUUUAAAAUUUAAUUAUUCAAUACUAUGACUUUAUGGUAAAUUGAGUGAAACCACAUUAAAUAAAAUAAGGUCAAAUACGUUUAUUACAGAAGAGGUAAAAUCUACAUACAAUUUACCUUUUAAUCAAUUUGAAGAAAAUCACAGAAAUUAUUAUAAAAUAUCAAAAACAAUAGUUUUGCUAAUUUAAUACAGUAAACAUCUAUGCAUUUUUCUAAAAACAAAGCCAAUUAGCUUACUAUAAUAAGUGUACGAUCUUAUUCAUUUAAAUUAGUUUGAUAAAAAAUAAUGUCUUAAUAACAUAGACCAGAAUAUUCGUAGAUAAAUUAAAAUUACGAAAAUGGAUUAUUGUGCUUGAGAUUUGAGGAUACAAUGUUAUUGUGAUUUUGAAUAAUGUACUUUAGGUGCAAACGCAAACACACGACGACAAUGCGGAAAAAGAAGUUCAAACAAAUGACAUCGAUUCAGCUGAAAAAUGGACACAGCGUCCAAUCGUAUUGACAAAUGAAUUAGAUUGUUCUUCUCCUGAAUACUUAAAAGUAAGCUGAUCAACAAAAUACUUUGCUUAUAUAUUUUGUCCCUAGCUUCUACAGGCUAUUUAAAUAUAUUUUCUCCAAAUUUAUUUUGGUUUUUUUUAUUUGUACCUCACCAGAAGUCCCUUUAAAAAAAAAUAAAUAAAUUUGAGUAUAGGAAAUAUCCGAAUAUUUCACAACUAUUUUUAGUUAUUACGCUUUAGGACUUAGGUCUAUUUUUAGUUUUUCGAUUUUCUCAGGAGUUUUCCCAGAAAAUGUGAAAAGCGGGAUAAAACAUGGGAAAACCGGGAAAAACAUAGGAAAAAUGGGAAAAUCAGUACAUUAAAUUAAAUUAAAUAUUUUUAAAGAAAAUAUGUAAUGCGUAUUUCAUUAUUUUACCAUAAUAUAUGCAUAUAUUGUUAACAAAGCACCACUAUCAACUGAACUCUGUUUAGAAUCGUUUUUUCGUUAACAAUGAUUUAUCGUUGCCUAUUGGUGUACAUUAAAUUACCUAUAACGAUGGGUCAGUGACUGCACCUGUCUCCAUUAUCUUAAGACCGCUUUUUUAAUAUUUUAUUUUGAAAUACUUAUUAAUUUGAUUGGAACUUUUGAGUGGAAUUAUUUAGUUUUGAUUUCAGGCGAAAUUAGGUGUCGGUGGCACUAAAUCGGACGUCGAUCGCGGGCCGAUGCGCAUUGGGACCUCGGUGAUUGAUAUGGACAGAGUACUGGUCUUCAGCCGGGCAAUUUUGUCGAUGCUCGACCAGCAAGCCGUGGACCGUGCCGAACACAGACUGAUGGCCAACAAUUUUGUCUUGGGCUUUAGCAAUGGACACCUAAGUCCGGCCGUGUCCGGUGUCGAGUUCCUGGCAAAGCGCCCCGUGACUUCCGUCGAGUUUUCAUGCGUCACGUCUACCGUCGAGUCACUUGUCACAACACAUGAAGUACGUUGCAAAUGUAUCGAGAAAAUAAACCUAUUAUACUUCUGUCGAUUUUUGGCUGCACACUACUUGUGACCCCACCCAACAAAUUUUAUUUACAAGCAGUUAAUUCAACUUGUAAAUAUUUUAGACAGUAUGCAAAUAUUUAGAUGUCCCCCGAACUUUAUUAUAAUAUUAUACUUACAUGUUGUUGUUAUUCAAAAGUGAAUAAUUCUAUUCAACAAGGCUAAUAUUAUGUAAUUCAUAUAAGUUAAUUUAAUACAAGUUAACUAGUUAACACGUUUAAAGUUAAUUGUGUUAUCGAAUUGUUCACAAAAAAAUUGAAUGUGAAAAGUUAAAAUCAGUUUUAACUCCAGUAUCUGAAUGAAGCUAGGAAUAUCUAUUGGUUUUCCAGUGCGUUUUAUUUUAUUGUUAUUAUUAUUAUUUUAUAUACUGUGAAAAAUAUAUUAUUUGUCUUAUUCCAAAUUUCAAGUUCGGCACCUUUUCCGAAAGAAAAUUUUCCUUGGAUGAUACCUUAAAUGUUUUGAUUUUCUAAGCAGUUUUCAACAUAACUGUAAAAAACAAAGGAAAAACGUGUGAAAAAUGGAAAAAUUUACGAAAAUAAUGCUGUAUACUGAGUAAUUUAUUUUAGUGGGUACACUCAUUAUCUCGGAAUAUAUUAACUUUUUUCAGAUUUUGUUUUCUAGAACAUCAUAAAAACAAGCAGCUCCACACUUUUAUAUGUAAAAAUAAUAAUUAUUAUAAUAAUUUAUAAUUUUUUGUCACCUUUAUUUUUUGAAAUAAAACCACUACCUACUUUUAAUUUUCAUUUGGCAACCUAUAUUAAAAAUUCCAUAAAUAUAUGAAUUAAUAGUUAAAAUACAUUUUAUUGUUGACAUUUUUGAUUUCUGUUAAUCCAUUAACGAGAUAUUCCACUUUUAAAUUUAGGUUGGAGGAGAGUAGUGGCGUAUCAUUUGUGUGAUGGUACGGCGUGCGCCGUAUUAAUAAUACUUCACUAAUUUAUUUUAACCAAUGCUCCAUCUAUUUAUGGUAUUUUUCAUAUAGGUUGUCAUUUGAAAAUCAAAAGUAAAUGGUGGUUUAUCCCCCAUAAGGAUGAAAAAAAUAACAUAAAUAUAAUAUUAUAACUUGUUUCUUAAAUGUUCUAGAAACCAAAUUCCCGAAAAGUUAAUAUUUUCUGAGAUAAUGAGUGUACCUACUUAAAUUAAUCACUUAGUAUACUUGAAAUAAUUUAUGAAAAUUAAAAUACUUUAUAACUGAAUACUAACGAAAAAUCCAAAUGCUGUACACUUUGUUAUAUCUCUUACGUUUUAUUCAGAUUUUUCGUAAUUAUUAUAAAAAUAAUACGAAAAAUCAAACAACGAUUUCCUUCCUAACAAACAGAACAACUUUGGUUUUCUGAAAAUAUACUAUUCUUGAAAUUGGUACAAUGAUUUUUGGUAGUAAAAUAUAAUCUUAAAAAAAUGUUAAAUAAUGAAAUCAUCGUUCCGUAAUUUGAAAAAAUUGUAGUUCAAAGCGUGAAUCACAAUUUGAUACAAAUAUAAUUGUAUAUUCUUAUCUAGUAUUGUAGUUCGAUUCUAAAGGCAUAAAAUAGUUUAACGUUUUUUGUUUAAACAAAACACACUUUUAAACCAUAUAUUUGCUUCAAGAAAGUUUGAUAAAAUUUGGACACAUAAAAAUUAUUAUUAUACUAAAAAAAUCGAAACUGUAGUAGGAGAAGAAGUUUAAAAAAUACAGAAUAGAGGGUAAUUUAAUUUAUAUACUUACUAAAAGCAACGAUUAAUCAUUGCAAAUAAAAAAAGAUUACUAGCGAAGUAGUAUAUUAUAGUAUUUGUCAUGUUUUCCCCUUAUAGUCAAGGUAACCCAGAAAUUAUAAUAAAACCGAUGUAUUAACAUUUGUUUAGAAAAUUGGUGGGAGGGUUUAAAUGUGUACGCCGUAAAUUGUUCCGAUUUAUUUUUACGUUAUUCCAGUUUUUCCAAAUUACUAUGAAAACUGCAUGGAUAAUCAAAAAAUCAUUUACUUACUCAGCAACUAGGUAUUAUAUGUAACAAAAAAAUACCUUGGACAUUUUUGAUUAAAGCAAUAUUUUUGGAAGAAAACAUAUAGUGCAUAAAAGUUAAAAACAAUACAAUCGGUGACGCUGCGACGUGUCGUAAUUAUUUGCCGUUUUCCUAUUAUUUUAUUUCCGAUUUUUCCUAAUUAUUUUAAAAACUCUUUGAAAAAUCAAAAAAAUUACCUCUUUAAAAACAAAUCCAGAUCUAAAACACAACGAAGAAGGUUUACUGUUUAUUGAUCGGAAGAAGUUUUCUGUUCAAAAAGUUUUUUUACCGACAGAAAACAAAACACAUCAUGGUAAAACUAAAUUAGUUGUUAAAAUAUUAUUACUUUAAAAAGUUUAAAAAUGUUUUAUCAUCAUUUCCGAAUUAGUAGUUAUAAUUUAUUUACAUUUCUUCAUAUAAGCAUAGUAAUACUGUACUUGGCUACCAAAUUUUUUCAAAACUAUAAAUGGCAUUGUAUUUUAUUAUUUAAAAUACGUUUAGAAUCCGGGAUCUUUGCACGUUCAAAGAAUGGGCUUUCUAAAAUGUUGUUAAAUUGUAUAGAAAACCAGUUAGGAAUUUAGAAAAAUGUUUAAAAUGAAAUACCACAUAGCAAAAAGCCACAAAAUAUAUUCAAUCUUGGGCGCUGAUAUAGUUAUAAAAUGUGUCCUGUUUUUGUGGACACACUGUAUAAGAAAGCUGAAUGUUAUCUAACUGUAAUAUUCACCUUUUCUUUUUUUUAAUUUUAAAUGAGAAUCCUUUGUAGAACGCUCCGAGGGAAAAUAAAAAAUUAUGUCCACUCCAUCAAGCUCGAGUAUAAAGUAUACCCUCAAAAGAAAUAAUAAUGACGUCGAAUAGUAUAAUAAUAAUAAUAACACUAACAGUUAUAAUAAUAUUUAUAUUAAUAAAAAUAAAUAAUUUUCAUAACAUCACGGUAUUGAAAAUCAAUAGAAUAAUAUGCCUUUUUUAAGUAUGUAAUUUUAAUGUAAAAUUUCAAAUCCAUGCACAGUAAACAUUAGAAGUAUAUUUUUAUACGUUUAGUUAUAAUUAUUGAAUACAUAAUAAUAGUAGUAAUAGUAUAACAAUAUAAUUAUAAUUGAUGGACAUUUUGUGUGAGUAAUGCAAAGAUUCUAAGUCCGUCAGAUUGUUGUGUCAUUUGAUCAAUAUACUAUAUACUAUACAUUAAUUCUAUAGAACGUUUUGUGAAACAUUUUAGAUGAUUAUUUUCCUAGAGAAAUAUGAGAAAUUGAUACUUAAUCUUGAUAAACGUGAUAAGCCUUAUCAUUUUUCGACUUUUCGAAAUUAUUAAACUAUUGAUUAUUGAUUGUGAGAAAAAUGAUAAGUCGAUAUUAUGUGCUAUAUAAUAUGCCAUUUUAUAAUGUAGUUGCAUGUAUCUAAGACCUAUAUUUUAUAUUUAUUAUAACUUAUCCAAUCAAAACCAAAACAUGGACAUUUUUAAGUAAAUUAAAUAACUUUUUUACAAAAAAUAAAACUUACAAAAGUAUUAACAUUAUAAUAGUUAAUAUCAUUUAAAAUUCAAAAAUGAUGAGAAAACAUUUUUUUUUUUUAAAAGAAAUAUAAUAUUUGUUAUCGUUUAAAUUUAUUAUUAUGUUUCUUAAAAAUCUUGCCAAUAUUAUUAAUAAAUCUUUACAUUGGCAUUAAAAAUAUUGGUUUAAUUUUAAUUUAUCACUACAUGUGCAGUAUAUGAAUCUAGGUAAUAUUCAUAGAUGCAACUAAAAGGGGGGCUAAAGAGAUUUAAACACCCCUAGGCUCAAAAUAAGCACCCCCUAUAAAUCCUAGCCAAGGGUGACCAUAAAGCUUAUUUAAUACGGGAUUGUCUCAUUUUUUGAUUUUGUCCUGUUGUCCCGAAGAACUUCGAACGCUAAUAUCCCAUACGAGAUUCAAGAAAGCUUAACAUUCGCUUUGAAAAAUAAUAAAAACGAAUUAACCUAAUAUAAAUUUAAAAAAUCUUUUCUCUGAGUAUAAUCACGUAAAAUGUUGCCAAUGACGUAAUAAAUAACAAAUUAUUGAUAAUUUAAAAGAAUGGCAGAAUAAUUGUGUUCGUAUACAUUGAAGAAAUAUGAUAUGAUAUCAAUCCAAUUUCAGGAAAAUAUAAUAUAUUUGUUAACAAACUUUGUCAGAAUAUUCUCCAUUAAUGUCUGGAACUAAUGUAGCAAUAGUGAAAAUAUGUUCUAUAAUGAAUGCGUUAUGACCGGACGAAAAAAUCUUUUUCUUAUACUUACCUAUAUUAUCAAAAAAACAAUAUUCCUGUUUUGUUUUUUAUGAUUUCUUUUACAAAACCGAAAUUUCGCGAUUAUUUUUGAAAAAAAAAUAAAAAAUACAUCCUAGGAUAAUGGGGUCAGGUGCAGCCACUGUUAUAAGUAAUGUUAUGUAUACCUGCGUUAAAUGAAAAACCAUUGCUAAUAAAAAAAACUAACAAUUUUAGGCCCCUUUGAAUUUUUAGAUGCAGUAGCAUCUACGGUAAUAUUAGUGUAACAAAAAAUUGCUGUAUACCACAACGAUCAAAGGAAAAUAUGGACAUGGGAAAAAUUGGACAUAUUUAAAGAAACUACAAUUGAACAAUAUAUUAUACAACAAUAUACAAUUUGUUUGGUGUUUUUAAAUGAAACCUGCAACAUUAUAUUUCUAUUUGACGUAGCAAUUGUUUGGAUUAUUUGAUACAAAUUACGUAAAUUCAAUAAAUCUCGGAUCUUAGAAAUAAUAAAUAAUAAUGGUCAUAGGUAUUAAAUAUGGGCAUUUCAAAUAUGGAAAUGAGAAAAGAUGUCUAAUUUUUUUAUCGGUCAAUUUUUGUUUAGCCAUAUUUUCCUAUGUCCAUUUUUUCCAUGGUCAUUUUCAUUUGGUCAUCAUUAUUGCCGACCGUCGUAUCAUGUGUAUCAUACAUAUGGACGUCACGUUAGCCGAAAUUUGUUUACACAAAUGCAUAACACAUAAUAUUUAGAUACGCGAUAAAAUAUAUUUUACUCUAAUUCCAGGUAAUGGAUUCGUAUUAUCAGUACGUCAUAUGCAUAUGGAGUAUUUCAAACACGGAAACCCCGGAGUACGUACUCAAAUGUCCUAACCGCGUUACGUCAUUUUGCUCCGUACUUAAAUCCACCAGCGGAUUUGUUGCGGCCGCACACGCGGAUGGGUAAACCACACAUUAAUAUUAAUAAUUUUACCUGAGUAAUGUUACUAGGGUUAUAUUAAUGUUCGAAGCCCCCAAAAAAAUUUGAUUUUUUGAUUUCAAUUACGAUUUUUUUUUCGUUUUUGUUUUUAAUUUAUUAUUACUAGGUACCGGUUUCAUUAUUAUUUUUUUUUUGGGGGGGGAGGGGUUUCGUUUUUACACUGGUUUACUACUAAUUAACUAUUUAUUCGUCUUGGAGAAUAACAAAAACAUAUUUAUUAAUAAAAUUUGACGGAAGGGCUUGGUUUAUAUUUUUUGAAAAUGCGUUUAAACUCGUAGAUACAAAUAAUAACAUAAUUUUCUCGACUCCGUAGGUACUUAAAUAAUUUUUCAGAAAUUUUAAUGUACUAUUUUAUUUUAAACGGAAAGCAUGGGACGGUAUAUAUGCGUUUUUAUUAAAAUUUCAAAUUUAAACGCUUAUAAAAACUACAUUAUGCAUACGUUUUUUCGUAACAAUUUAUACAAAUUUGGAAUCACGUUAUCAGUAAUUACCUACUUGUUAUAUAUCAUUAAUAUCAGAAUUGUCUUUAUGUAAAUAUUAACAUUACUCACGAUUCACAAAAGACACACUAUGAACACAUACAUAAUAUUAUAUAGGUUAGGUUAUUAUAAUAUAAGUUAGGUAUAUAAUGUUAUCAAUAUUUAUCCGAAAUUUCUGGCACAACGAUGAAAUGAGAUAUUAAUAACAGGUAAGCGAUAAAUGAUGGGCGGUAUCACGAACCAAUGUAGUAGCAUUUUAAUUCGUGGGCAGUAGCAAAUAAUAUAAAACAGUGUAGUAUAUGUUUUUUUUUUAAAUUCUGAGCAGAACGAGAAAUGUAUUGGUUUUACAAUAAUGUUUAUUUGUUUUCUUAAAUUUUUUAUCUGUGAAUAACUUUUCUUCCAGCGAUUUGCUCUGAUUAUCAAUUACAGCACUUUUUCUGAAAGGAAAUCUAACUGUGAUGGUCAAUAAAUGAAAAAACCGGAAAAAACGUAGGAAAAAAGGAAAAAUAAUUACUAUAAUAAAUAAAUAUUAUUAAAGAAAAUAUUUAAUGCAAAUGUAAUUAUUUUACCAUAAUAUGACGUAUACAUUGUUGACAAAGCAAACACUAUUAACCGAACUCUAAUCGGAAUCGUUUUUCUUUAACAAUGAUUAUUUUUGAGUACAAAUAUACAUUAAAUUUCUUCAGAACUUCCUUCUCAAUUUAAAUUUUCCCUCUAUCUUUUUAACUUUUCACUACAGCAAUUACAUAAAAUGCGGCACAAUGGCUAAUAGUCUUUACUGAAACCUUUAGAUUGUUAAUAUUGUAUAGUAUCCCCCAUACAGGUGCAUUAACAAAACAGUAUUUCGAAGAGGGGGGGGGGGGGUAAUAUUGCACACUUUCAUACUCUUAUAACAAAAAAGUUUACAUACUUUUAAUUGUAGGAUUAUUUAUUUUUCAUUAAAAAUGUCAAUAUUUUUAUAUUUUUUUUAGAGAAUACAGCCUAAAUGAUAUUAUUGUGAUUGAACGCGCACUAUACAAUAUUGCCGUAUCAGUUAUAAUUUUCUAAAAGCAGAAAAAUUACAACAAAUUAGAAAUGAAAAUAAUAAAAUAAAAAUAAAACCAAAAUUGUAUUUAUCUUCCUCAUUGACAAAUAUUAUUUUUGAGACAUUAAAAAUGUACUUUCAUCAUAAUUUAUAUGAAAUUUCUGGAGAGGUUUGAACCUCUAAAAUCCCUCCUUUACUCUUGUACAUGCACCUGCCCCCAUAACUAUUCCAUGGAUCAUUUUUUGGAACACCAAAUAGCAAUAGGAGUUGAUAAAAUAACUGAAAUAUUGUGGUCGAUGCAUUUAAGAAUUUGAUUUAAGUUUGAAAAAAAUUUAAAUGGAUAAUUUGGUAUAGCAAAUAAAUAACUCUCACUUGAAAUUCACCAUUAGAUGGCUGGAAAAUAUUUUCGGGGAAAAAACCCCCUCCAGUAUCUCUAAAUUACACCUAUUGUUUGCUUUUCCUUACAUUUUUCUUAAUAGUUAGAGAAAGCUGAAAUACUCUUAUUUACGUAAUUUUCCGUUUUAUAUUUUUGUGUCAUAUCUAAUUCAGUGAAAAUUACUUAUUGAAACCUGAAAUUACUACCAAAUAACUAUACUAAGACUUUCUAUUCGUCAUCUAAUUUUCGAAAUAUUUUAUUGACUUUUGAGUUAUUUGUAGCUAUUAAAAAUUGUCUAAUUUGUUUGUGUUAUGAUUUGAUGUGGAUUGACUAAUGUCCGACAAUUCGACUGUUAUCAUCAUAAGUUGUUAUAUGUUAGGAUAAUUCAAAAAAAAAAAACUAUCAAAAAUCCAUAGUCAAGAUUUUUUCCUCUAACCGUUUAAGGUUUAAAAUUGUGAAUAAAACGUGUCCAAACUACAAAUUAUCGUACGCAAAUUUUUCCAUUUUUGUUCCUUUUUCCUUUUUAUAGUUUUGACAAUAAAUUAUAAUAAUGUUUCGAAAUCGUAACGACACAAUAAUAAUAAUUACAAAACAAUAAUAAAUUUAAAUUACGUUAGAUACCAACGUCGGGCAUUAUUUUUAUAUGUAUAUAAAGACAUAAAAAAAAAUUAACGACCGUAGAUAUUUGUAUAUACAUAAAGAGUGUCCCGCGAGGUUUAAUUAAUUUAAAACGGUACGGUACUCACAAUAAUAUAAUAAUAAUUCUAUUUGCCCAUAAUUUUAAAUUUGUACAUCUUUGUGGGAUACUGCACAAAAUAUUAUAUUACUAUAAUACCUAUACAUUAUGCGACGGUCUUAAAAAAAAAAAAACACACGCCGUACAAUUAGGUAAGUAGAAAAAUACGGUGCGCUGGAAAUAAAAUCAAAGUUCAUAAACAUUUAAUGUUUCCUCACACUCCCUCCCCCAUUCUUUGUCUUCUCUUUAUUUAUGUAAGUACAACUUUUAAGUUGGUAGUCACCAAGAGGUAUUUAUACGUAAUAUUUAUUUACGGAUAAAAAUAAACCGACCGAAUUCAAUCGUAAAAUCUGAAAAAUAAAAAUUUGCUUUUGCCUACGAAACGUAUUUUUAUAUCAUACACCUAUUAAAAAUUAAUUUUAAUACGAAAAUGAUUCGAAUUAUGAAAACAAAAUCUCGUGCUUAAAAAUAAAAUUGUUGCAUUUACUUAACUCAGAAUCGUUUUUUCUGUAUUGCAAUGAUUGCUUUAUGUACAUAUGUGAAAACGUAAAUAACUUUAUAUCAAAUAUUUUCCGAAUUAUCCACCUAUAACAAUAUAUUCACAUAGGGUCCAGUAUUAUUUUUUUUAAAUUUAUAAAUCCAUCUGUACAAAUACUAAUGAUUUUGUUCUCUAGGCCCCCCAGUCCUAUAGUCACGUUGAUUAUCGGUUAUUGAUUUCAUUUUUUUUUCCAUUUUUAACCAUUCGAAUCAUAAAAGAAAAUAAACCGAAAGUUUUUUUUCAGGCAGUCAUUAUAGCGAACAUUUGAAUCCGUUGUAAGCAGUAAGCUUUAAUUUUAAAUUUUAAGUGCAGUGUAGAAUUGUUUUACUAUGACGUGUGUGUGUGUGUAUGUGUUGUAUGUGACGUGCGUGUGUUUUUUUCUGUAUGUAAACAAAUUUGACACCAGAAUUAUUGCUUUGAUCGAAAAAUUGCCGAGAGAUCAUUGUUGUUACAUUUUGGAUCUAGUUUGUGUAUUGGAAAAGUUAUUUUUUAAUAUUACUCCGAUUUUUAAGUGUAGUAUCUUUGUAUCCAGUUGGUGUAUCGAACAGAUCUUUUGAUGUUUUAUGUAGUUUUUUUAAUAACUCGUAAAAAACCUAAGAAAAACGUACGAAAAUAAUUGUUUUGUUAUAAUACGUUUUUGUUUUUAGAUUCAGAACAUAGUAAAAUUUUACUAUGAAGUGAGUUUUUUUUUUAAAUAUAUUUUCUUUUUAUGAGUAACAUUUCAAAAAGAACCCUUAUCUGAUAUACCAAGUAUAGUACCUUUUCUGAAAGUAACGUUUAUCUAGUUGAUGCAUUGAGAAGGUCAUUUUUUUGAUUUUCCAAUGAUUUUCAUAAUAAUUGGGAAAACAGCAUACUAUACGUAUAUACGGUACUAGGAGUAUCCGAUUCCGUUGUUAAUAAUUUUUACCAGAAAUAUUGUUUUAAUCAAAAAUUACCCAGAACCUACUUUUUUUGCAUUCUGGUCUUGUUGCUGAGGAAAUAAAUUAUAUUUUGAUUUUCUCAGCAGUUUUAGUAAUAAAAGGGAAAAAUCAAAAAAAGAUGAAAAAUGAAAAUGAACAAAUUUACGUUGUUAUAAUUGCAUUAUUUUUAAUUUGUACGCAUUUUCAAUCAAGUUGGUGAGUAUGAAAGUUAUUUUUGAUAUUCCUUGUAGUUUUUUUUUUUUAAUAAAUGAACAUAACCGAAAAAACCUUAGAAAUACCUUGAAAAUAUUUUUUUAUUUUUAAUUUUGUUUUUUGUUGUAAUUCAAUUAAUCGUAGAAUUUUGAAAUUUUGACAGAAAACUUAUAAUUUUCUAUACGUGAUCAAAUUUUCAAAACAUUUGAGAUAUUUUUAAGAUAUUUAAAGACAUUUUAAUUUUGCGAGUUUAUAUAUAAUUUUUGUUUGGUAACUACAUUAUAGAUAAAAUUGUUAGAUUAAACAGAGAUGCUUUAAAAUUUAACAAGGGGUACACUGUAAUUCGAAUUAAGUGGUAAAAAAAAAAAAUUGAAUUUAAUGAAAUAUAUUUUUCUUUUUAUAAGAGUUAAUAUAAAAUUUUGACGAAAAUCGUAAAUAUUAUGGCCUUUCCAAACAUGUACAACCAAUCUUCGCUCCAAAUUGUUUUCCGUUAGAAAUUGUUUAUCGUUACUAAUAGAUAUAAAUUAAAUAACUUUAUGUAUCUUUCUUUUCCAACUUUCCACAUACAACAGUGACACACUCAUAAAAAACUGAUACAGAGACUCUUUCUUUGUUUUGAUUUGGUCUAAAAUCGUAGUACAUACCUGAAAUUUUAAUAGAAUAAUUAUAUUUGUUUCGGGAUUUGUUAUUCGUUCACUAUAAUCAUUUUUUUUUUAAAGAUUAUGUGUGAAAGAAUUUGUUUACACAUCUUAUUAUAUUACUAAUAUGAUUAUUCGGUUCGUUUACAUCUAUUUUUACGUAUAUACAAGUAGACAAGCACGAAACUCUGAAAUUAUGUGGCGCCAUCUAGGUUAUCAUUUGAUAACCUAGUAUAGUUUAAAUUUAAACAUAGCUUAUAAUAAGACUAUUGUAAUAAAAACGAUUUUAUUUUUUAUUUGUACAAGAUUUUAUUUAGAUAUUAUUUGUUUAAAUUCAGUGAAAAAUAAUCGUAGAAACUUGAAAUUCGGUAUCUUUACGAAGGGAGAGAAUUUCAAAGAAAAACUAACUAAAAAUGAAAAGACAGGGAAGAAAAAUUAUGUUAAUUUUAUAUAGUGUAAAAACGGUUCGUGUAAAAUCUGCACAGACCUCAUCACAUUUUAAUAAUUUCUAAGAUGUAUAAAAUUUAAUUUUCACGAUGUAUUUGGUCAUAUUUUCUAAUUUUGUUAUAAUUUCGCUAAAAUGCCUAUAGGAGUAUAUGCCUGUGGGAUUUAAGAGAGAGCACAUUCCAUCACCGAAAAAUCGAUCGUCUCCCUUGUCCGCUACGUUCUCCGUCGUUCAACACCGGUAACACGAAUACGUGACACGAAAAUAAACCAUAUCGUCGUGUUGACUUUCUUGUAAAAUAUUUGUUUAUAGCUUUGUCUGGCAAUCAAGGACACACGUCAAAAAUAGUCGGCUUACGUACGGUUACCUACAGUAACGCCACCGGGGCUACAGACGAGCAGUUACCCGACGAGGUUAGUAUAUAAAAGUUUCCCGGUAAGUUGUUGUCUCGAUUUACUAUACCUCGCCUUCCCAUACGUACACAAAAAACUACUAUUUAAUAUCUACCGUGUCGCGUUGACGUCAAUUAAGAUUAAUAAUGCGAUUAUAUGGAGACGUUCAACAGUUCAAGCAGUGACAACAGUUACGUAAACCGGAAAUUCGGAAAUUCGCAAGUUGACCAUACGUUCCUGGCGUAAAAUUUUGGCUGUAAUAUAUUUACCGCGCAAAAUUGCAUUGCACUCUCCUAUUAGCCAACUGCAGAUCUUAACGAAGGGUGUUCGAUCAGCGUUUACAGCGUGAUUUCUCUGUAGUUAUUUUAUUUUCCGCAUGUUCCGAAAUAGUGCGACAACCGACGAAUUCAAAACCAUCAUAACUUUUAAUCAUGCUGUUUAGUAAUGAUUAGUUAUGAUUAGGUUUUAAGAUAUAUGUGCGCAUUUGUAUCACAUCGUUUACUGUAGAUAUGUAGUUUGGACGAAGAUUUCGCGUUAUCGGUGUGGACGGUCGUGGACAGUUGGGCCGACGCCUCGGAAGUUUCCGAACACAAAAGCGCCGGCACCGCACCCUGGAGCUCCGUGAGACUAAUGAAAACGCAACAUUUUCAAGCCAACGGGAAUAUUCCCAGGUAACAAAAAAAACCUGUCGUAGUUAUUUUAACAUCAAUGCUGUCGCAGCUUGAUAAUAAUAAUCGAGGUGCCUAUAACACAAGGGAUAUAAGUGGCAUUCUAUUGAUUUCAAGAAAAUCAAGUUUAAAGUCAUUUGUAUUUAAUACAAUUAUUAUAGCAUAUUAUCAUAUCAUCACUUAUAUUUGAAUGAUCGAAUAAAUUUCUAGCCACUUGUCAGUAAAUAGACAUAAGUGUAUGUACAGCUGUUGUGGAUCUAUUUACCUUUAAUAUGUUAUGACAUUUUCAUUUGAAGACUAUUUUAGUGAGAUCUAAUAUCGAGUUUUUAAAAACGUCCCUUAUACCCCUUGUGUUCUAGGCUCCUCAAUUAUGCGUUGCUGUUAUAUUAUUAUAAAUGCAUAAAAUAUAGGUACUUGUCAGACGGCAUGUCGGCCACUUGCAUGUGUUUGAACAACAAUCAAGACGUUCUUAUCGGGACUAAUUCAGGAUUAGUGCUCCGGUGCAACUUGGGCCAACACAAAGUAUGGCCGUCGUAUUACAUCUACGCUGGCGACGGUAAAUUCAAAAUUACUUUGAAAUCGAUAAUUGUAUCAAUUGAAUUAAUUGACUAUUGAAUGGAAAUCAUCAAUUUAUUCGAGUCUUUCCACAAUCCUACUUAAGGAUCAUCAAUGCAAUUGACGAUCUGAUAAAAAAAAAAAAAAAAUUCAUGUUAAAAUAUACAAACCAAUCAUUAUGAAUAUCAUCUUCGAAAAUGUCCAAGUAUAUUACAAAAUAUAUAAAAAUAAUGUUUUUAAAAUGUACUGUCGUAAAUGCUAUAUAGUAUAUAAGGUUUUUUUAGAUUCGGGACGUGGCAAACGAUUUAUUAGUUUUACUAUGAUGUGUAGUUUCUUUCUGGUUUUUUAUCGCAUCUAUGGUAAUAAUUUUCGUAUUUUUCGUUGAUACGGUUCGUUGUUAUCGCCCCUGAAACUACUCGCUCUGCCAAAUAAUUUAGCCGACUUACCGUUUUGUGUGUGUAACUGCGGUAAUAUUAUUUUCUGUCGUUAUAAAACCUCUGAAAUCGUCUAAAUGAAUAGCCGUUUUCUUUUUGUUUUUUUUUUUUCUGUUUAACGGUCGACCACAAUGAUUAUUUAUCUUGUUUUACUAUGGCUGACAUAAAAAAAAAAACCCCAAAAAAAUACCUAUAUACUUACACGAAAUCCCCUCGGGACACAACUGAGUAACCGACAUAAACAAAGACGGUCCUUCGAGUCUGUGAUCUCGAUGUUUUUUUUUGCCUUUUUAAUUUUCGUCCCCAUUUUCAUUUUAAUUUUUGAUAGAACUUUAACCACAAAAAGCUUUCUAUUUUUGCGACAGAUUUGCUGGAUUUUUCGGUCAAUUAUUUAUCCGCGUUAUAAGGAUUUUUCAUUCUUGCUUUAUUUUGUUCGAUUAGUGAACACGAAAUGUUAAUUGUAUUAUUAAUUUUACUACAUCAAACAUACUUUUAUAUAAUAUUUCAUUCAAUCAAUUUUAUACAUUUUUCGAAAUGUUAUCAAAUGUUAUGUUAAGGUAUUUUUGGACCGAGGUUAUUUUUUAUUCAUAACCAUCGCUGUUAAUCCAAUACAAACUAAUAUAAUUUAAUUGUAUUCAUAAAAGUGUAAUUAUAUUUAUUUAAAACAAUACAAAGGUAAUAAUUUGAGGUAAUAAGUUUUAUUUGAUGGUCAGAACGUUUUUGAUAAGGUCAUAGUUUUUAAUCGAACAGCGAUUGUUAUUGAAGUGUUUAUGUUAUAUUUUAGGGCAACACUUUUCCGUCAACUGGUUGGAUAUCUGUCCGUUUGAUUCAAAUUAUUUUUUGGUGAGUAUGUUAUUAUGCAUAAUUAUAGUACACUGCAAAGGUAUAAGUUGUUGAUUAUAAAAUGUUUUAUUACUUAAGUGCAUUAACAAUUUAAUAUUAUCUAAAAAACGUUUAUAUACGGUCGAGUUUAAUGAUGUUUAAACCUAAUUCGUUUUUCGAUCAUUACUAAUUUAUCAAACUAAAUUGCUAAGAGUUUUCUAAAAAUGUCACUCGAAUUAUUCGUUUAAAACUCAAACCAACUUGGAGUUAAACAUAUUACGUACGUUAAAAAGUGAAUAACUAUAUUCCAUUACAGCGAUUUUAUUAUUAACCAUAAAUGAGUUUUCGAAUAAAAAGUAGGUUAUUAUUAAAUUAUAAUAGCUUCUUUGUUAUGAGAGCGUAAUAAUCGCAUAUGUUGUCACAGUCUAACUUAAUCAAAACUUAUAUCAAAAAUAUCCUUACGUAGACCAUACGUGGAAUUUGAUUAAUUUGUAUUUUAGAGUAAAAGCACUUAUUAUAUAAUUAAAAGAGGACGAUAUUCUGGAUAGCAGAACGAUCCGGUUUUUUCGAUUAUUCUAAAUAGCAUUCCAAUUAUAACGUUCAAUCAUCGUUUAGAAAUAAACACUAAUUUAACAUUUUCGAAAAAUGAAUUUCAAAAAAAUAAAUAUUUCGUCUUGCUCUCCGAAAUUGUCCUUAUUAUGAUUUUAUAAUCGGUGAUUUUACUCAAAAAACCAAAGUUAAGCGAGUUCUAUGAAGUCUGCGUUAAGUAAAUAUACUAUGUUGCCCGUUAGUUGGACCAAGACAACACAAACGGCUAUCACGUUCUCUUACAUUCAGAAGCUAAAAACAAGAUCUUUGGAUAACAAUCAUAUUAUUAUAUUACAUGGUUAAUAAAGAACGAUAUUUUUCGCACGACAAGUGAUCGUAAACAGACUAGAACCCGUCGAAAAAAAAUGUAACCGUAAAAAAUGGAAUUUUUCAAAAGUACUAUUCGUGCCACUCAAAAUAAUUCAUACCUGCGACGUUUUUGGCUUAGAUUCUGUAUGCGUUUUGAGUAUAUUUGUUACAUGCAGUAAAGUGUUUCGUCAACACCGCGAAUUCAGCUCUUUCAUUUCAAUUUUCAUAUUCAGCACAUGUUUGAUAUGUUUUUUCGUUGUAUAUCUUUUCAUGUAAGUAUGUAUAGAAAUCUUUCAUAAACCAACAUAUAAAUUUGGUUUUUCAUUUUUUACAUACAGCGGAAAAACAGACACAGUGGAAAUUUAACACGACAACACUAAUGCACGACAUGCCAAUAACUUAUCUACUAUAAUUUUAAUAAUCGCAUUAUAUAAAAAUAUAUUUCUACAAAAAAGAUAUAAGGUUAGGGUACAAUAUGUUGCAUGAUUUGUAUGCAUACUAUAGGUUUAAUAUGAGAAACGGUAGAGGACGUUAAGUAUAAGCUCAAGGAAUGGAGAUAAGUACUUGAAGGCGAGGGACUGUGGCUUAGACUUUAAUAACAUAGAAGAUAAAUAACUUUCAAAGUGAAAACAUUUUAUAAUAAUAUAAAAAUAAGAAACUUUAUAAAAAACGUUCCACUUUUUAAUAAAUUAAAAAAAAAAGGAUAAAACAGAAAUCAAACAGUUCCUGACUAAUUCCUGGCAUGAAAGUGAUAAUAGAGUGAGGCACAAGUAUGACAAUGGGUGAACGACUGGUAACUAGUAAAAUCGUUUAACCGAAUCUAGAGCACUGGAUCGUAGCAAAUCAAAAUUGUGCGCUAUAGAACGUCUCGUGCUCCCGAUUCAAUUUCGUAAAUGGAAAAAAAAAAAAGUCAUCCGCGAAACUUCUCGAUACCACGUGACGGUUGCGGUUGUAACUGCCGUGAGUUUUGAACAGAGAACUUUAUGGAGUACCUAACCUAUACAAUAUCCCCGAGUAUAUAGAAUUACCGGACAGAUAAUACUGCGUGUUCGUUCAGUUAAACUGUAUUUAUUGUGCUCCCUCUACUACCCUGUAGCGGAAAUAGUAAUUGAAGGUAGGUAACUAGAUUUAUUAUGAAUAAUUCACGGUAACAUCACCGACCCGAAUACAAAUUCUCGUGGGAUAAAGGUUUAAACCGUUUACAGGAAAACUUCGGUACCCCCUAAAUAACCUUAGGUAGAACCUACGUUUAUAUUUUACCAAUAAUAAAUUGUGAAAUCCAAUACUUACUAUAAGUAAUAAUAUUCGUGUCGCGUUUGCUUAAUAACUUCAACAAUUAUAAUUAUCCAUCAGCUUGAUAUGACCAGGACUUUCUCGACGGGUAGUCCAAGAACAAAAUAUUAUUUAAAUAUCUAUUUAAAUACUAGAUACCUACAGCAAAGCCAUUGAUACAUAUAUGAAUACAUUUGGGAUACACAUUUUUUUAUAUGACGAAAACCGAAUCAUAUAAUAUGUAUCUGAGUAUUUUUAGAUUCUGAGUAGAGCGAAGAAGCUUAAGGUUUUACAUAAAUAUUUAUUUUUUUUCUAUGGACAACCUUUCUACCCGAGAUCUUGUUCCGACUUUUUAAUAACCAAGAAUAACCAAAAAUCGUUUUUUAUAAGUACGUGUUAAUAUAGAAAAUGUUGAUUCGAAAAACGUAUUUAAACUAGCCGUCUUAUUUUAUAUAGAUGCACCCCCCCCCGGCUCUCAACCCUUAAGAACAAGCCAUAAGUAUGAAAAUGAGGGUGACAUAUGGCUGUUAUUAUAACAAACAAUCUAUUUGUAUAUUUACAUAGCAUCACUAUGAUAACGAUCAUAACUAUGAUCGCCUCAAUGCUUUAGCUGUAAAAAUUGAAAUUGAAUUUAACUAACCAAUUUGAUCAUAUCGUGAUAUUAUAAUUAAAGAAAUUACAGCCAUAACUCAGAUAGAAAAUUAAAAAUUUUUGCUCGUCAUUUUUUUUUUUUUUUUUCAUAUUGUCUGUCGCAAUGAAACAAGGCGUAUCUUAUUUUUUCCAAUAUCUAAUCUAUUCUCUUUGAACCAGUAUAGGUAAAACAUUAUUUUUGGGCGAUACUUAAAAAACAUAUGCCCUUUUUCGUUGUGGCAGGCGAUAUGUUCAUUUUAGUAUUUUACUUAUAAACAUGUUUACAGAUUCUGAGUGAACUUUAUACUAAUACAAUUAUAUACUUACAUUAUCAGUAGCGGAUUUUUAACAUUUUUUUAGGACGGGCCCUGAAAAAUCAUAUAUAUUUAAAAGGUAUCACUAUUAAUAGAUGCCCCUUUUUUGGACGAUAUUUUAUUGAAAUUACAUCGAUGUGUGGGGAGGUCCAGACCCCCUGAACACCUCCCCCCGUUAAUUUGCCACUAUAUAUGAUAAUACAUUUUUAGUUUCUUUUUUUUAUUACCCCUGAGUGGUGAAUUCCUAAAUACGGCUCUGUAAGUUUUAUUAAAACCUAAUAUAUUUUCCAUUGCUGACCCAAUUAAUACGCCGUUUACAAAAAACGCGGUAGAUAACUAUAAAUUAUUUAUACUUUUACGUUCAAAGAAUCUUGAAUAGUUUUCGUAAAAAGACAAUGUCUCGGUAAUUUUGUAAUUAUUUCGUUUCCGACAGCCACCAUGCAAUUUAAAAUGGUGGUUCUUGGAAACACGAGUUUAACAGUCGAAUUAUGCAAAUUUGACUUGAACCUUAUCACUACGAGGGAAAAAAAAGAAAAAAAAAACGUUUACAUGAUAUAACAACAAUAUACCUAUCUUCUAAUAAUAUUCAAAAUUAAGCAUGUAAAUGCCCCAGUAUCGUUUAAACUAUAAUACGAAUUAGAAAUAUAAUUUAAUUAAAAACUCCCAACAACUUACGCAGUAGUUAAUCGGAAUUGAAAGGAUAGGUAUAAUGAUACUCCGUGAUUUAAAAUGCUUACAAUUAAAAAAAAAAAUUUAAUUUGAUGUUUAUUAGAUAUACAUUAUAUUCAUAUAUUAUACACUAUUAGUAUUUUAACAAUGAUGCUAUAGAGUGUAUAAUACAUAAAUGUCAUACAUUCGGGAAAUCGAUGUACACUGCAAAUAAAUAUGGUAAUAUUAUGGUCGUCCAGAACGUAGUAGGAAAUCAUCUCUUGGGGUACUGGGUACACCUCUGUCACUGACAUUUUACAGUCGAACAAUUAGUACCAUAAACACCUGACGGGCAUAAGAUAUUUUAAUUGCUGCUAUUACCCUGAGUUGUAGGCACGGUUGACUGGCCGUUUUCAACGUACGUUGUUUGCUACAUCAAAAUAACAGAAUGAUUUGUAUACAGUGUGUCCCACGAAGGUAUUUACCCAUUGUUAUAUUUCCGGAGGUAAUAAAGAUAAUCAAUUUCCGUUUUUUAUACUACUCGCAGUUGACAACAUUAAAUUAAAUACUCCAAAAUCAUAAUACUACAUUAUGUUGCUUGGAAAAUAUCAAUUUCAAACAAAAGCCCACUGCAACUACAGUUUAGACAGACUUGUAAAGUAUUUAAGUUAAACUAACCCUCCUUAUUAUGAUAACGUUAAAUCGAUAAUGUCAUAUUACACAAAUGAUAGUUAUGAUAGUUAAUUAUCGAAUCUGUUUUAAGGCUUCUUGUUCCAACAACGGACUAAUCCUGUACCGCGCGAGUCGCCACGAAUUUUUAGCACGACUGUUGGCUUCGCCCGACUCUCCAAUAUCACCGACUUUGUCAAUUAUGAAAGCCGAAUGGUGCACUGGAUAUCCCGGAAUCGUAUUCGGGCUGGAUUCACUCUCCAGGUGACGUUUAUACUCGUAUUUUUUGUACUUGGAUAUGGCCAAACGGUGGUGGCUGUUUUCGUUAACGUUUUCGACAACAUCAUUGUUCGGAUGAUACUUUGAAUAGAUACUGGAGAUGGGUGUAUCACUAUUGAAAAUGGGAAGUUGGCAAGGUAGGAUAUAAAAAAAACAUUUAAUUUAUAUCUGUAACAAACAAUAAACCAUUGCUAACGAAAAACGAUUCAGAGCCAAAUUCAGUUAUAUACGCAUGUUUAAAAGACAGUAAUAUGUACGAUUUACUUCAAAAUUCAAUAUUAAAAUUCUUAUUAAAGAAAAAUACCACAUUAAACUCAAUUUUAGAUUCCAAGCUUAGUGAAGGGAGUUAUUGGUUUUACAAUGUAAAACCAAUAACUCCAAUUUUUACGUAUAGCAACUUUUUUGAAAGCUCAAGUUGUCUAAAUUGUACUUUAAAAUGGUCGUUUUUUGAUUUUUCGAUGCCAUUUUUUAAAUAAAAUCACUCAAGUGGGAAUACAUGUAGGAAAACGUACAAUUUCACGAUUUCAUUAUUUUAUAAAAACACGGACGACGUUUUCUACCUGAAAAAAUGAUUUAAUCGAAAAAUCAUAGGAUACAUUUUUUGUUGCCUUUUUGAUUUACUUUCUUACAAUAUCAUUACCAAAACUUUUGAGCCAAUUUUGAGCUUUUAAGGAAUUUGAAGUUUUGUGAAAUUUUUUGUUGUUUAUCGGUGAUAAAUACUCGUAAAGACUUGAAACUAAGUAAUAAUACUUAUAUUGGACUUACCUAGACGUGGUAAAAUUUCCAAAAUCAUCGGACAACUUGUUUUUUUAAUAAGCGUUUUUAAUUCAAAUUUAAACGAACAUCGCAAAAAAAUGUACGGCACUUCAAAUUAUGUAUUACCGAACUGCGAUCGGAAUCGUCUUUCGUCAAUUAAUGGUUUAUCGUUGCUUACAGAUAUAAAUGAAAUAACCUUAUGUAUUCUACCUUCCCAACUUCUGACCUAAAACAGUGGCCGCUCCCAUACCCAGUAUCAGUUUUUUUUUUUCACCACUAUGUACGACUUUUAAUGAACAUCUUGGUAAAUUUUCAAGUAUUCCUAUUUUUUCCAACAAUUUUUAUUUCAAUUCCAUCUUAAACCUUACCUGCUUUGUAAGUUUCUCCAUCACUUAUAAUGCGUCACUCUCAACCAAAACAACAUCUUAAAUAAUAUUUACAUUUACUUAUUAUAUUUAAUAUUAUUUUAAAUUGUUUUAUUUUUUAUUUGUCGACAUGUAGCAUACAUAUAUGGGACUUUUGUGACGAUUUUUCUGCGCCAAUAAUGUCCGUACCGUUUCCGGGUAAGACCAUCACAUCAAUAUCGUUGACAUCAGCUCCAAAAAAUCGAAACACCUACGUAGUAAGUGAUUUUUUCGCUUCGCUAAACUGUUUUAUAUAUUUUAUGUUAUGAUAUCAAAAAAAAAAACCCUCAAAAGAAUCAAACUUAAUAAUAUAAAUAAACGUUUGAAAAGUGUGCAAUGUUUACACAUUUUUAGUUUUAACUAUACUUUUUUUCGGGGGUUUCUUUAGUAAGCCGAAUCGUUGACUUUAUAACAGUCCCAAUAAAAAUCUCUUUUUAUACAAUUACACAACGAAAUAAACGUUUUUUCGACGUCGUGUAACUCAAAAUUAUAUUUUAAAUUUGUUAGAUUACAAUUAUGUUUAAAUUUUCUACGAAAAUCCCCAAACAUUGAACUGUAUAAUUGCAAAAACGAGUGUACCUAAUAUAUGCUAAUUAAAUAUACUGGUCGGUAGAAAAAAGUAAUUAUUUACAAUUCGGUUUUAAGUUAUCUUCUUAGCAUAUUAUACAAAAACACGAUAAAUUAAUAUAUGUAUCGCCAAAAUUUGCGUUCGACCAUUUUCGUUCUUUAAUUGUCAUUGAAUUUGCAUUUUAAAACGUCUUGUACACCACAAGUCCACUGCAAUGCAAUACCAAUACUAAAAUUGCAUUCGGCGUUUAAGUUUUACUGUACCUAGGUACCUAAGUAUUUAUCAAAGAGCAAACGGAAAGCAGUGAGACUAUUUUUUUCUGUGGCAUUGUUUUCUUUACGAUAGCAAACGGACAAAAAAAGUAUUCAACGAGAUUAGUAAGUAAACAAACCAAGUAUAGGUACUGAUUGAUAACUUAAUUUAAACGAUUUUUGUUCUAUUGUACAUCAUUAUUUCUCUUUGAUAAAAUCAGUGGCACAACUAGCACGAAAUUCUAGUGAGAGCCGCAGCCCGACCUUAAUAUUAUACCAUCACUAACAUGUGAAGGGGUUUCAACACAUUGAUAGUAACCAUGCUAUAAGAUAGUAUCACAAACUACAGCCCACAGAAUAUAUGAACAAAGAAUAUACAUCACGAUGUAAACAAAAACUUUUUUGAUCACUGAUAAUUCCGCAGAAACUAGUGUUCACGCAUGAUACCACAAUUUAUAUACCAAAAAUAUACACUUUAUUCCCGUGAUGAUAAGAUAACCGGAUAAAUGAUAAUUUAAUCCUGAUUUUGACCGAAGAGAAACAUUUUUUUUUUUUUUUUUUAAUUAUUAUGCACGAUAUUUCGAUUUAUUUAUUUAAGUAACACGAAUUUUGGAAAUAAUUAUUUUUUGUUCAAUUCAAGAACAUAAAAUGAAGUAUUAGUAAGUAAAUAAUAAUUACCGAACGCCAUAUUAUUGUGCAUAUACAAAUAAGUGAAUCUUUUUAUGACCGCAACCUUGUAUAGUAAUCAGCCGUGAAAUCUUGAAAUAUAACAGGUUUUCAAUUAUACCGGUAAACAUGUUUUCGUACAGCUUUCAAAAUGAAAAUUAUAUUCUUUCGUUUGUGUUAUAAUCGUCGACAUUUUCUAAAAAAGCUUUAAUCGUAUUUACUCUGAAUUUUUUUCUCAAACGAUUAGAUAAUAUUAUGAUAGUAUAGGUUUAGUGACGUGAAAAUCACUCCACACAAUAUAAUUUCGAGUAUGUCUUUUUCCGAAUAGCUGGCGAUAAAUACUACAGGUUUUUGUAGAAAUUAAAUUUUCGAUCGAUUUUCAGGGAUUGUCGUUCGCCAAUGGUGCGACGGAAAUGCAUCGAGUGAAGUUGGAAAAUAAAAAGCCGGCCAGUGAGGAAGAUCAUUGCCGUCUGCUCCCUAGUUUCCUGGCCAGCCUAUGAGCAGAACCUUGAUUGGCGUUAUACAGACUGAUUGUAUGAUUUUAAAAAUGAAAUGAAUUUCGGUUUAUAUACUUAAUUAAUAUGCAUAGAUUCGCACAUUUUCUUUUUCAAGGGGAAAUUUUUAAAUUUUUAAAAAAUUAGUUAUUUUCAAACUAGCUAUUUUUGACUCUUUGACAAACUGUUUGCUAUUUUCAAUUUUCGGGUUUGCUCUUUAUUUUCUAUUUUUAUUUUUUGUGCUGAAUGAAAAUCAUCGACAAAAAUUCUACAUUAUUAUAUAAUAUAGGGUUUGGAAAAAAGUAAAAAAAAAAAAACGCAAAUCAAUAAAGUAAAAAAAAAAAAAAGCAUAAUAAAAAAAGCAGAAAAAAAAUUAUUAUGAAAAGUGAAUAGUAUAACAAAAUAACGAUCGACCGGUUAUAUCGCGGCUUUAAAUUAAUUAUAAACUUACAAUUGAAGCUGAGCUUAAACAAAUCUGCAACUAAUUAAUAUUAUUCUAAGAUCAAGUGGGGUAAAUCAAUACAAUGAAUAAGAAUAGACUGAAACAUUAUUAUUAUGUAUAUGUCGUAGACCAUACGGAAAAUUAGGGACUUUGCAAAAGGGGUAACCCGUUUGCGAACUAUUUAUUAUUUUUCCAAAUGGCCUACUGUUUUUCAGUCUUAUUGCAUACAAACUAAUAGCAGUUAGGCCUUUAAAAAACUACGAUCAUUAAAAUAUAGUAACAGCCAUUUUACUUAUUUUAUUUUAAGGGUAAUUUAUUACUUUUACAAACAAAUAAGAUCAUUAGAAUUAUUAUAACAUAUAAACUGAAUAAGUAUAUAUUGUUGUAUAGUAUAUUAUAAAAAAUAUAAAUAAAUAUAUUCUAUUCAAUGUUAAUUUAUAAAUUCAAAUAAAAAAUGUAACCUAAAAAAACCACAUGUAACACAUGUAAAUAUUUUACAUAUUUGCUUUUUUGUUAGUAAUGUAAAAUAAAACUAGUAAUUCAAUAAUCAAAAACUCUAAAAUAAUCUAUAUUUCACUAAUAUUCACCAUUGAUAUACAGAUUAUAAAAUUAAUAUAAUAUUACAUAAUAAGUACCAUACUUAUUCAGACUAUUCAAUUCACAUGUUAUAAUAACCCUAUUGAUCUUUUUUUUUUUUUUUUUGUAAAAGUAAUAAAUUACCCUUAAAAUAAGAUAAGUAAAAUGGUUGUUAUUAUAUUUCAAUGAUUGUAGUUCUUAAAAUGCCUAACUGCUGUUAGUCUGUAUGCAAUAAGCCAGAAAAACAGUAAGUGGUUUGGAAAUUUCCGGAAUGGGACAAAUAGCUGUUUAGCUGUGGUAUCAUAUAUAACUAUUAUUAUUGAUAUAUUAUAUUUGUUUAUUGGAUAAACUUUUGAAUUGUAAUCAGCCUUCAAUUUGAACUCUUAUAAAACAAAUUUGGCUCGAGAUCGGUUCUGAUGUAAUUUAUUGAUAUUUAUUGAAUUACUGUAACCUAAAACAUGGAAUAUAACAAAUGUUUUUUUUUAAAAUUGUUAUUGUUUAUUUCUUCGAAAAUAUAAUGGGCCCCACUGUGUGGGCCCAAUAGUUCACAUAUUUUUUAAAAUAAGGAAACAAAAACAUUCAUAGUAAUAAUAAUACAUUGUACGUUUAACUUAAUUAUUAUAAUUUUAUACUUAUUAAAUGAAACUAAUUAAACAUGUACAAUGUAGGUAACAAUAAUUAAUAAACGGCACCAUAAUAUGCAAUACAAUUUGUUAAAAUAUAAAUGCAAGCAACUAGAUUAAACUGUGAAAGGUAUAAUAUAUUUAAAAUUUUAUACUUAGUUCAUUCUGCAGAUAAGCAGUUAUUACUAUUAUUUUUAACUAUUUAAUGUUUAAUUUGACUAUUUAACUAUUAACUUAUUAAUUGUUUUCGUGUCAAUACAAUUCGAAUUGAAGUCCCUAUGAAUAAUAUAAAAAUAUAAAUAAAACAGAAUUUGGUUAUCUUUAUUAUCUCCGAAGAUAUUCAAGAGGCAUAUCUUCGUGGGACAGUCUAUAUUAGUUUUAAAUAUUUAACGAUUUUCGUCAAAAUUUUAAAAAACACAAAUACUGCAUUAAACUAAAUCGUUUUUUUGACCAUUAAGCAUGACUUAUUAUGAACCUCCAAUCAAAUUGUCAAACAUUUCUGUUAUGUCUAACAAUAUAUCUACAUAUAACUUACCAAAUAAAAAUUACUUUAAAAACUCGAAAAACUAAAAUAUCUAUACGUCAAUUUUCAUUUCAUUUUUUUUCCAGGCUUUCCUAAUUAUUAAUAAAACUACAAAGACAAUCAAAAAUCGGAAAACGUACUCAUAAACUAGAUUAAAAAUGAAAAAAAUUAGUCUCUUGUCAUUUUAUUAUUGGAACAGUAUUGAUAGAAAAUAUAAGCCGUAAAAAUUUAAAAUAAUGAAAUCGUUUUGCCGUAUUAUGUAAAUAAUCGUAUGUUUAGUGUUUUUUGGUUUUUUCUAAUUGUUAUGAAAAAUACAUUGAAUUAUUACAGAAACUGCUUUAGGUAUCGAAUUUUUAAACCACUUACUCUCUUAUCAGCGAAAUAUUAAUAGGAACAAAAUUGAUCUUUUGUGAUUUUUCGAAUAAAGUAAUAUUUCUGAUAGAAAACUCGAGUAACGAAAACGAAGACGGUAAUACCGUGGUGUGUCGUAAAUAUUUACCGUUUAACCCAUACUCACCCUCUCUGAUCAUAUGCUACUAUGAGUAAGUGCUUACGUAAAACUAUAUAGGUAAGUAUGAAUAAUAAUAUAUUUGUCACGCGUAUUAGCCAGUAUAGUUUGCUUAUUCGUAGCAAACCCUAUACUAAACCUUAGCCUAUUUAUUUCCAAUAAAAUAAUACUACCUACUAAUAAUAGGUAUAGGUAUAUUAAUUAAUUUACACAUAUUAUAUUACAAAACACGAUUGGAAAAAAAAAUAUGUAAACAGAAUGAAAAUUGACAGAUUUAUUAGCAUAAGAAUAACACUGUAGGACACCUUGUAAACAGGUAUCCGGACGGGUAUAAUAUACUGAAUAAUUUUAAAAAUUGUCGAUAUAAGUGGAUCGAGAAACCAGAAAAAACGUUGAAAAAAAUUGCAAAAUGUACGAAAAUAAUGCUAUUAUAAUUUUCAAUUUUGUUUUUUUGUUGGACUUCAGUUAAAAAUAUAGGUAGAAACUUGAAAAGAAAUUUUUAAGUGGCCUUUUAUAGACGUUACAAAUAUUCAAAACAUUUGUAAAAUUUUUGAACUAUUUACACAUUUUAAUUUUACGAGUUUUUAAGUAAUUUGUGUUCUGUAGAUAUUUUGUGAAUACAAAUAUUAGACUAAACAAAAAUGUUUGAAAAUUUGACGGUAGAUUCAUUAUGAGUUUCACAUUAUGUUCAUAAAAAAAAAAAAAAAAAUUGAGCUUUAUGAGGUUUCUACGCAACUCUUGUCAUUUAACACGAUAAUAAAUGUGUCAUUAAUGUCCAAGUCUAUAUCAGGCAGCGCUCUCUACUUGUCGAAUUGUGUAGUUGGUAAAAAAACAGUAAAAGCUAUAAUUUGGAAUGAAAUAUAAUUAUGUAGAUUAGGUGUACAAUACAAGUAGUAGUAUAAACACACUAAUUACAGACAAACACCAUAAUAUAAUAAUAAUAAUAAUAACAAUAAUAAUAAAAAUUACCGUAAAUAAUAACAAUUUAUAUUAUAAUGACUCAUUAUAAUAAUAUAUUAAUACGGGAGGACAACACAACAAGAACGUUUCAUCGAAUUGGUAAUUACGUAACAUGAAUUAAUUGAGGAAAUUAGUUUUUUCAACAAAGCAAGUAGUAAGUUAGUGACCCGAAAUGUAGGUACGUAAGUACCCACAUCCGAAGUAGUACAGUAACAUAAUGCACACCGUUUUAACACUGUAACUAGGCUGUGGUUACAAUUAAAAAUAAUAAUUAUGUAUGGAAAUAUAAAAAAUAAUGAACGAAUCAAAGGCACUAUCAAUUUUAAACUCGAUUAAUUGUCUCUAUAGAAUCGUUGUGCUAUAACUAUAUAACUCAUGUUAAAACCAGGCACGGUUCCAGAGCAAAAAUCUGCGACAGGGCGCCCGAAGGUGAAAAUUCAGUGGGGCAGGAUAGCGACAUUAAUUGUUGCUUAAGUAGCAACGUUGACUAGGUGCUUAAAAAAUAUUUUUAAAGUAGAAUUUUAAACAUCACAAACACAAACGUUUAAAUUAUUGAGAUAAAAACAUUUAACUGUAUGAUCCGCUCUAGCAUUUACGUCUGUUGGCAUUCCAUAGGGAAAUAAAUUCUGUAUCCCAUAUAUUUUGGUAGGUAAAAAUACAUAAUUUCAUACGCCGACGUAAUAUCAGUAUAAUUUGCAAGUUCGGAUUUAUUCAUUUAAAUGGCCAAACUAUUCAAUGAAUUCCUUAUAAAGGAUAAUACAAAAAAAAAAUUCUUAAAAAAACAUAACUCAAUAUGUCUUAGCGAAAUAAAAACAAUUAAAACUAAACAGUUUAAUGCAUAAGUAACGAACAUCAGUCGACAGUCAUAAUAAGUACGAGUAUAUUGUGGCAAUAAUCGAUGUGAUGUGACCUGAUGAUAUACCUUCCUUUAUCCCUACCUAUCUUAAUCCGAGCUUGAGCAUUCGUAUAUUUUUGUUUAUGUAUUGUUAUUAUUUUUAAAUAAUAUAUAAAUAUAUAUGUUGUAGGCUAUAUGGAAAAUUAGGCUUUUUGCAAAAAGAUUAGGCUGUUUGCAAUGAGGUGGUACGUUUGCACAUUUUUUAAUUAUUUUUAAACGGCCGGAUCAUUAUAUUACACACAUAUGGGCAGACUUUAUAAAUGAUAAUAGAUUAAAUUUGUUUAAUUCACUUUAUGAAAAGUGCUGCAAAAAACCAUUUGGGUUCUUCUCAACGGACAUAGAAAAUAAUCGUCUUUAUAAUAAGUUAGAUCAAUUUUUAUGUGUACAUUAAAUAUUGAACGUGUAACGUCAAACGGUGAAUAUUGAAUAUCAAAUAUAAGUUAAUGAAAAUUCAUUGAGAAAAAUAAUGUAUUUUUCUUUAAUAAAUGAAAACACUUGAACAAAUUCAAAAAAGUGGAAAAAAUCGAAUAAAAUACAAAACACGGUACAUUUUGAAGAGAAAAAAAGAACCAACAAAAACAGAGAUUUAAAAAUAAAGUAAUUAAAAUUUAAAACUAACAAAUUAAAAUUCUUUAGGUAUCUACUUAACUGAUAUUUGUAUUUAAUAUCAAAAUAAUAACGCCACUAAAUUUAUUAAUGUGACUUUUUUAGAAGUGUUAGGUCGGAGAAACUGUUAUAAAAAACCGAAAAUUAAUUUAAUCCAUUAAGUACGUGAACUUAGCCAACUCGUCGCGUCGUACAUAAAGUCCAGACCGUUAAUUCGCUAGUAAUUUGCAAGAAUUUACAAGUCUAAUCCUGAAAUUCGCUAGUCAAACAGUUCGCCCCAGUGAGCUUUCAAAGUUUAGAAGUUUGAUGUUGGUGUAGAAUUUAUAAAUUGUAUGUAUAUAGGUAUGCGAAUGGCGUCACUGGCCGUCCCUACUGUGUGCGUUGGGGGCCUUAACAACGGCGAUAAUAUUAAACGCCGAUUAUACGGUUAAACGUGGAAUGACUGAAGAAUAAAUAGGAUACUACUCAUGGGUAGGCCAUUGUAAAAAGUAGGAAGUUAGAAAAAUAGAAUGCAAUGCGGGGUUAUUUAAUUUAUAUAAAGUACAAAGACAUUUUAUUAUAAAUUUAAAAUACUUUAUUUUACAACGAUAUAAAUAUUUUCAAUGUUUUAAUCGUUUUUUAACAAAUUUCAUCGUAUAUUUUGGUAUUGAAUGCUGAUAGUAACAGUUGAAUAUCACAGGGUGAUAUCUCCCGGUCACUACGAUUAUUUUAUCGUCAUUAAGAAAAAUAAAAGAGGAAUCAAUAAAUGACCCUCCCAAUGUACAUAAACUAGACGAAAUUCAACAUACUAAAACCACCUUUAAAGUUUUGAAAGUCAGAGAAAGGAUUCAAGGUCAAAAAACUUGUUUACAGACGGGGAGGGAAAGCACGAUUCGUAGAGUAAAACUGUGCAAUAGAAUUCCUUGGUCGGCUCGGAAUCAUAAAAAAAAAAACGCCGACAGCAGAAAAUACGAAUAUCGAGUGCAUACACGAAAACCGUGAUGGUAAUGGAGGGGUGGGGGUCUGGGAGGUGGAAAUAAUAUUAUACUAUAUUUAUACGGGUGCGGAAAUAUUUCGGCGAUUCGGGAAAGGUGAGAGGGGAAACUUUCAGAGUGUCGGGUGGCGACGUAACGACGCAAAGCCGCGACACGACGCGCGUAAUCGAUACGCGCCGGCGACGACACGUCUCUCUUGGGCCGUAUACGCGUCUCUUAUCAGACCGUCUCGGACGUCGUGCAAUAAUAUUAUUAUUAUUGUAGAAUAAUAUCGUAUUGUAAUAUCAUGCGAUCGGGACGGAGGUGAGGGUCACGAGCCGAAAACGAACGAGAAAAAAAAAAAAAAAAAUGUUAUUUUACGCGAUCGUUAUUAUAUUAUCCACAAUGAGUGCCCGCGCGUGUAUAACAAUAAUAUCGCGUCGCCGUCCGGUCGUGCGAUCCAUCGACAAAUAUAAUAUAGGCCGUCAAAACACGAGAAUUUCAUAUUAUUACUUUUAUUCCGGUUUCUGUUGGUUACGAGAAAUCGUUAUCGAUCUCGUAUUUAAUUUAGUUUCCUAAUUCAAAUCGUUCCAAUAUUGUUACCUAUAAUAAUACGCGAGUAUUUGAUUUCUAGGACGAGACGAUAAAAUCUCUGAACCAAUCAAAUUUCCUAUCGCGUUUUUAUAAUCUCCACUAAAAUUACUUGUUAAUAAUUAUUUAUUCUAUUUACCUGUGAAUACAAUAUUCUUUAUGCCAAACCACACGACACAACGUAAGUAAAUAUUCUAUAAUUUUAAUCAAAUACCCGCUUUUAUAUUAGUUAUUAUUUUAUCGGUCAAGUAUUUAUAUUAUUCUAAAAUAAUAUAUCUGCCAUAUAUUUUAUAACCUAUAUAAAUUGUGCAUAACCCGAAUCCUUUUUUUUUUUUUUUUUUUGUUACAAGGAAUUCAAUAUUAUUAUUAUGAUAUAUUUAACGUCUAAUACUAGUCAAACAAUCAGUAUUUUUUUAAUUAUUCAAGUAGUAUUAAUAGUUUUAUUUUUAUCCGCCGAUUUUUUAGACACUUUACAGUCUAAAAUGUUACUAAUAUUUUAUAUAACAGUACAAUAUAUCUAUAUAAUAAAUAAUACAACAGUUUCAGAACCGAAAAAUUUAAACUCUGUGUGGAAAAAUAUAAAAAGCCAAAGAAUUUUUAGAAUUUUUAGAAGGAAUAGGAACUUGGAUGACAUUUCGGUAUUGUUUAUCGAAAAACGACGUCAACAAUUACGACCGUAUUAACGUAUGGCGUCUUGUGUGUUUUUUAUUUAGGUUACAUCUAUGGCGAUGGUACCCGGAUCUGAAAAAGAUAAAAAAUUAAAAACUAACUUAUUUAACAUUAAAGACAAGACGACCGAUUCGAAUUCGGAUUUUAUCUUGACGGAUUUACCUCUGUAUGUAUACACAGAAUACAGGGGGUUAAUUUUUGAAAUCGUACGAUUAAUUCUCAUAUGCGCCAUAUUAUAAAUUAUUGGGAUUCUUGAACGAAAUCGAUAAGAUUUGAUCACUUAUCGUAUGCGAUAAAAUAUGUCUACCGAACCAUUAAACUGGUAACAACAUAAAACCAUUUAGAUUUCCAGAAGAAAAAAGAAUCUAGAUUCUACUUCAAAUAAUCAUGGAAAUUACGAACUGGUUCUUUUAUCGAUGAUUCCUAUUUAUAAUCGAUAAUUGAUUAAUUUUUAUUUUUACUUUAUGCUGCAUGAUAAAAUAUAUAGUUUAUUUUAUCACGGUACCUAUUUUAUAAAUGUAUACCUACACUCCAUUAAUUCUAAAAUAAUAAUUAAUUAUGGCUAGUUCUUGUUAGUUUUUUAACAGUUUUGUUUUUUUUUAUUUCGUUUACCUUAACGAAAUACGCGAAGUAAAAUAUCUCGCGCAUUUAUUAGUGCAGAAUAAUAAAAAAUAUAAACGGAAAAAUAACUCGAGCACAAUACUGCAAUACGCAUAUUUAAAGUUGUUAUUAUUUUAAAAUUAUGAAUUGAUUAGAUAUUGAUAUAUUACACUUUAUAAAUCGUUAUGCGAUGUAAGCUUGUCGCCGACAUUGUAUCCAUUCGAAUAAUAGUCGAUGGUUUUUCAUUCGACUACAGUCAUAAGCGUUUUACAAAAAUAUACCAAAUAUUUAUUUUUGGGCGAUGACAUUUUUAUCGCAUGCGUCAAAGUUUAUCACAGUUUUUUGGGAUCGCCCCCACCCCGUCCCAAUAUUUAUCACGUACAUUAUUAUCAUUACUGUAUAGCGACCUUCACCGGAGUUCGCGUUCGUCCGGUAGCAAUCCCAAUCGCGGUACGCCCGACGAAAUCGGAUACUCAGACACGUUCGUCCAAGAAGACGUUCUCCGCGACUCCAACGUUAAGGUACACUACAACGACUGCUUAUUUAAUCGUUUAACUUUUAAUUUUUCCGAAUACUCGGGGUACAUUAUAAUAUUACCUAAUGUCUCAAGCGUCGAUAUUAUUAUUACAUUCCCCUUUACCUCCCCGUCCGGUUGAGACUAAACAUACUAUUAUAUUUUAUUGUUGUAACGGCGCGUACAGGUCGUGUUUCGGUGGAAACGAUUGUGUACGUCCGGAAAUUUCGGUUCACAAUCAGUUUAAACAAUAUAUAUUUUUUUUUUAAAUGUACGGUACUUAUAUUAUAUUACGUGGUACCCGCGUACGUGAACUCGUUUACGGGCUUGGCGCACGACUUACGGCGGUCGUCGGUUAAAGUUGUUUUUAUAAAUCCGGCGACAAAUCCAUAGCUGCUGAUGUUAUCACACGUGGAUUGAACUUGUUACAAUCAAUGAUCCCGUAUAAAGUAUUCGUAAACGGGUUUUUUUUUUAUUAAUACGACUUUACAAGAUGAUGCCUCGUUUUAUACUGCAGACAAAAUCAAAAAAACUAUUUAUACUUACUCGCCGCAACUAUAGAUUCAAAAUGCAGUAAGCAAAUGUCUCUUGUUGUUUAUCUACGGGAGCGAUAUAUUCGGCAGAAAAUAUAAGCCGUGUACAAAUUCAAUACAAAGGAACGCGUCGUAAAUUUGUCAAUUUUCAUUUUUCGUUAUUUUCCGUUGUCGGGCCCGUCGAAACGCGCGCGACUUCGUCGCCGGGCGGUGGCCGGUCGCUUAAAAAUACGAAUUGCGAAAAAUCUUCGUACCGAACUUUCGCGGUCGAAAUUUCUAACGCGCGGCCAACAAAAUAUUGUUAUAACGACGCGAUCGAAUACUGUCGCCCGUACUCGAAUUCGACGUGUGGGACGGCCAAUUCGAGUUCGCGGGCAACGUUUAACGCGACGGCGACGGCCCCGCACUCCGACGACCUGUUGCAACUGCCCGAAAUCUCCGGAAAUCUCAAUUGUUUUAUGGUGCGCAAAAAGCAGUUUCACGGCCGUGGGUUUUAUGCAUAUUAUUUUUUUUUUUUAACCAUUUUCAUUAUUCGACAAUGCCGCUGCGGUCACGUGUUUGUUUUCUUUUGUCGUUUAUCACGCGUCUUGGUUGGGUUUUUUUUUAUUUGUUUCAACUGUUGUUAUUGCUAUGCAAUUAUAACGUUGUUUGAUGACUUUUGUAAUGUACGCGUACAGGCACAAGUAAUGGUAAUAGAGGUUAACGACCAACACCGGUUAGACGAACGGUACUCACGCGUUAAAGAGGAAAACACUGCGCUUCAAGCCCGCGUCCGCACGCUCGAUAAGCAUAUCCGCACGCUCGAUGAACAGAUCCUCAUGCUCGAUCAGCAGCUUCGCGAAACCGUAUUCAGGUACGAGAAACGGUUGGCGUCGAAAGAACGCAAGCACAAGGAGUUGAUUACCCAAAUUGAGAUGAAGAAACAGACAAACAUCAAUAACUGUGGUAUAAGGUUAGCGCACAAUAUUGUUGUAUAGUAUAAUAAAAGCAUAUAAUAAUAACAGUAUAUAAUAGUAUAUAAAAGCAGUAUAAUAUAAACCGACUAAAUUAUGUAAAUGGCAAAUAACAAUAAUUUAAGUUUUAACGUAUUCAAUACCCAAAUAAUCGCAUCCGUGUUUGUUGUUAUCAAUGUUAUAAUAAUCAAUUUAUAUAAGAAAUAAUAUAAAAUAUUAAGUCUCAAACAUGAUUGGUCGUGGUAUCAUUCGCGCCAUAGUUAAGAUGAUUUUGUUAUAGUCACUGUGAUUUCACGAGUACCUACUUAAAAAAAAAAAAAAUUCUUUAACGGAAUCGUAUUUUAAGGCUAGUGACUUAACCGAUAACUGAACUCGUCAGUUUCGGUCAUUUUUCGGACUUUAAUCAUGACUUUAUUUAUUAACUAUUUAAAGUUCUAGUUGAAGUAAUAUACAUUUAUAAUUACAGAAUCACCCUGCUGGAAUUGGAUGUCGAGAAACAGAAGUCCGCGUUGGAGCAGUCGCGGAUCGAAAACAAGUCGUUGAUGCAGCAGAUAAGCGAUCUUUACGCGAGCGAGCAGUCGUCCAAAAAUGAAAUAUGCCUGUUAGAGGCGGAGAUCAAAAGGUUGAACCUCCGGGAGAGGAACAACGAAAAAGCAUGUCCACAAUAUGACCCCGGAAACACCAAUCCGCUAAAUCGUACAACGGAGCCGCCGAAUCUCGAUCCCGAACUUGACGGAUUGACCCCCGAAAACGUAAGUACAUAUAUAUUAUUAAGUACAUAUUUGUGUAUAAAUAUAAAAAAAAAAUUUGCUUCCAAAAAAUAGGGCCCACUGUGACUAGCUUCUCUUGACUGCACCACGCAACUAUGCUAGGCCCCUGGUAUAAAGUAUAUUGCACUAGUCGUGAUAUUUACAUUAAAGACCUAUACAUCAAAAAAAAAAAUUUAGAUAUUUUCUAUGGUUCCAUUUUAAAAACUCAAAGGUGUGAAUAUGCGUUUAAAAAUAACCUAACUUUGUAUUUUUGUGAAAUUGUGUCUGUAAUGUUUAUUUUCAUUUUAAUGUUACUAUUUACCAUUGAAAAUCGAGAAAGUGUUCGGACCGAUGCAGAGUAAAUCUGUUUAUGAAUUCAAACUUAUUUUUAUUUUUAAAGUCGAAUUGGUGUAAAAAUUUUAUCAGGUGUUUGGCUACUUUACGGUCAUCAUAAAUAAUUGUUAAUAGAUGAUCACUGAUCACGUUUGGUUAGUAAUCUUUUAAUUAUUUUAUUAAAUGAAUGUUUAUAUUGGUAAAAACAGCUCUUUGUUAAUAAUUGUAUAAUAAUAUGUAAUUGUUUUAUUUCAUACCUAUCAUCGUUAAACAAUUUAUUAAGAGUAUCAUAAUAAUAUUCUUCAGGAGGUUGAUAAUUUAAAUGCCGUAACAUUAACUAUAAUUGGAAAUGACAAUAAUGUCGUUGAAAAUUUAAACAAAUUAUAUGCGGAUGAUAUAUUAGAAAAAAAAACUAAAAUCAACCAUGAAGAUGAUGUGGAAAAUGGAAGAGGACGUGCCUUAAACACAUUUAGUGUCUUUAAUGGUUCAAUAAUUUUGUUCUGCGUUCAAAUGGUGUUUGACAAAAUUCACAACGUAAUUUAUAUAAACUAUUUAAAUAAACUAAAAUCGUUUAAUGUUUAUUAUGAGUGUGAUAAACAACGAUAAUUAAGAAAUAAAAUCCACAGCCAUUUUUGAUCAUUAAUUUAACUGAUGUUAAAAAAAAAUAGCAACAGUAAAUUAUUAAAUAAUAAUAGUAAUCAUUAGAUAUUAAAAACUAUGCGAUCAUUUAGUAGAAACUUAAUUACGAAAAAAUUAAAAGCAGUACAUAAAAUAGUUGAAAACAUUGAGCAACUAAAAAAAAACUUUUAAUUAAGAGAAAAAAAAAUUAAUAAAUAUGGUCUUUAAAACUGAACUUUAGAAAUGUCUUCACACCAAAACUGGCCUAUAUUUUUUUUCAUUAAUGUUAUUGGUGGUUCCUAUUCAUGAUAUUCUCAAAAUCCUAUACCUAAGCAAUGGGUAUUUGUUAUUUUCAGGAACACAUUUAGAUUCUUUAUCUUGUUGAUGGCAAAUAUAUAUAACAUAACAAUGAAUUUACAUUUAUUUUACGGACGAAUAUAAGCCAAUAAUGAACCGGAUUUUAUAUCAUUCCUUAAAAUAAUUAUUCUGAUAUUAUUAUUUUAGGAUGAAUAA